AAAUGGCAAUCUAUUCAAGUGUUGAAUCAUUGCAUCCCCGCAAAUGUGGUUUGGGCUCAUGCAGUCCAAAGAGUAACCAACCAUUGGCCAAUGUUACAUCAUUUGUUGCAAGUAUAACACUAAUGGGUAUUAUCCAGGGUGCGCCAUAUAUGUAUAUGAGUGCAUCCCUGACCACUCUAGAGAGACGCUAUUCAUUUGGCAGUCUUUUAAUGGGAUUUAUACUAAUCGGCGACGAUAUCUCGGCCAUGAUAUUUGAGCCCAUUAUCGGCUAUUUGGCGAACCGCAUGCAUCGGCCACGUAUGUUAGCAUUGGCGCAAAUUUUGUCGGGCACCGGCUGUUUUUUGGCCUCUUCAUUAUAUUUCAUAUAUGGACCACCGGAGCACUUAAGUACUGCAAAUACUAGACAAGCAAAUAGUGUCAACCAUAGUAUGGUCACUGAAUUUUGUAAUAUCGAUGAUAAUAAAAAUAAUAAUAUAUCAGAGAAUGAAUGCCAAACAACAAACGCUAACCGUAUAAACGUUAUAAUACCGGUGCUCUUUCUAUUUGUAUCGACAUUCCUAUCGGGAUUGGGAUCAUCGGCCUAUUAUGUAGUGGGAAUGCCGUUCAUUGACGACAGUGUUAAGAAAAAAAGAUCUCCUUUUAUUAUGAGUAUAAUGGUUUGUUCCCGGAUUGUUGGUCCAGCAUUUGCAGCAUUUGUUUCAUCCAUUGUAUUGAGAUAUUAUGAAAAUCCAUUUGUUGACCCGGGUAUCACUGAUUUGCGCGAUCCUCGUUGGGUGGGCGCCUGGUGGUUAGGAUUUGCAAUAAUUGGUGUAUGCUUAUAUUUGUCAUGUUUACCUAUGCUAUUUUUUCCAUCCGACUUGAAAAUAUCAAAAAAUAAAGCAACAAAUGGCAACAAAUUAACAACAAAACCACAAGCAAAUCAAUCUCUUAAACAACGUCUGAAAAAGUUAUUUACAAAUCCAAUAUUCAUGUGCUAUACAUUUGGGUCGAUAUUUCAGAUGUUUGGUUGGGCCGGGUAUUGGAAUUUUAAGGGCAAAUACAUUGAAUCACAGUAUAGGAAGUCCGCUUCAACUGCUAAUCUAUUUACUGGUAUGAUAGGUUUGGUUCCCUCAGCAAUAGGUAUGUUAAUGGGCGGUGCAUUCAUAUCGUUUCUAAAACCCGGUCCCCGACUAUUGACAUCAUUUAUAACUAUUGUGGAACUGUUGAGUACAAUGGGUCUGUUUUCUGCACUAGCACUGGGAUGUCCGCCAUUGAACUUUGCCAAUCUACCUGACCAAACAAACAAUUUCAAUCUAGCAUGUAAUGCAAAUUGUACCUGUUCAAUGGACAAAUUUCAACCAAUAUGUGAUCCUAAUAGUCUAACUAACUAUAUGACCCCAUGUUUGGCCGGAUGUCCAAUGCAGACAUCAAUUAUGAUCAAUGGCAGUAAAAAUCAAUAUAUGGAUUGUAAUUGUGUUAGCGGUUUGGCAAAUGAGGGCUACUGUGAUAUAGAUUGUGGAAAUAAUUUUCGUACAUUUGUUAUAAUUAUAGGUAUCUGUAGUUUAAUCGGACAAUUGUCACGAGUGGGCAAUCUUUUCAUAGCAUUUCGUGUUGUCGACGAUUCAGAAAAGCAUUUUGCAUUUGGAGUAUUGGGUGCAUUAUAUGCUAUAUUUGCAUGGAUUCCGGGACCAUUGGUUUACGGUGCCAUUACUAACAGUGCGUGUAAGGUAUGGGAGAAAAAGUGCGGCCAAACCGGCAACUGUCUGGUCUACGAUACCGACAAAUUCAAAAACAGAUUGUUUGGUGUCUCACUUGUCUUUGUAAUGAUUGGCUCAAUGUUUGACGUGUUAGUCAUAUUCAUGUCUUCGCGUAUAAAAAAUAUAUACGAAGACAAUGAUAACGACGACGAAACAGACAAUAACGAGAAUAACAGUCAUAAUCAUAAUAAUGAU